AUGCCUCGGAUUCCAUACACAGCUCCGAAAAAGCAGCCACCAACGUCAUUUCUUUCCGACAACACCACGACAGUUAUUCAGAAAACGACUGCCAAUGAACGAGCGGUAUCUCCCACAGUAACUCAAACUAAUGUUAAUGUUAUUCCAAGUAAACACAAGUUUAGUUUUAAUCGCCCACAGUGGAUGACAAAUAAAUUUCUGCUAAUUGCCGUUAUCAGUGCAUCAGUAAUCAUCCUACUUGUAAUUAUAAUUCCAAUAGCCGUGACAUUCAGUCGUAAAGGCGUAUCAACAACAGUGACUUCAACAGCCUCAACAGUAAUUUCCGCCUAUUGGUCAUUCGAUGGGAAUGCAAAUGAUCUUUAUGGAAAUUAUAGUGGUUCAUUAGUUGGCAGCGCCUCAUACGGUAGUGUUGGCAAUACAUUCUUCGGUACUGGUCAAAUGUUUACCAUGUCUUCAUCGAACAGUUAUAUGCAAGUACCUGCGUCACUGUACUUUAAUUUAAACUCUAUAAGUUUCACAUUUGAAGCAUAUAUUUAUCUGAACAGUAUCUCAGGAGAUCAGCCAAUAUUUGGGCAAUGUACAUCUACCACUUCCACUAAUCAAUGUUUGUUUUUAAUCGUACGAAGUAGCAAAUUAUAUAUGGGUUUCAAUUACAACGAUUUACUUGGUACAACUACAUUAUCAGCAUCCACAUGGUAUCAUGUAGCAUUUGUUUAUAAUUAUCAAACAUUUCAACAAAUUAUUUAUAUUGACGGCAUUCAAGAUGCUGUACGUUCAAGCACAACACCCUAUCUCGGUAAUAAUGGCUCUAUCACAAUUGGCUAUUCACUUCUGAUUACAUCACAAACAUAUUUCUAUGGUUACAUUGAUAAUGUUGCUUUAACAACACGUGCAAAAAGUGCAACAGAACUGUUGAAUGAUGCAACACAAAUCUGGUAUUUCUCAUUUGAUCAACCAUCAGUUUAUUACGACCAAGGACCAAAUCGGUUGAAUAGUUCAAAUGUGGUAAGUUUAACAUCCGUAUCAGGUAAAGUAAAUCAGGGUAUACGAAUAACAACAACAUCAUCGUAUUUUCAAACACUCGGUUAUCCAUAUACGGGUUAUCCCACGAACAAACCGCUCACGUUUGCCAUGUGGAUAAACCCAACGUCGAUCAACAGUGGGAUAUUACUACAUAUAUCUUCAACACAAUAUGGUUAUUCCAACCAACAAGAACUGCUUGGCUUAACGUUGAGCGGACAAAUCGUUGCUCAAAUUUAUUCAUAUACGCCAUUAAAUGGUUAUCCAGCAGUUAUUGGACCGUUUAUAUCACUAAAUGUAUGGACACAUAUUGCAUAUACUCUUAGCACUACCAAUGGAUUAACAUUAUACGUCAACGGAGUAUCGCAGGGAUCUACAGGAACAAUAACAUCAUAUUAUCUUGCUAAUACGGUCAUGUACAUCACACUUGGUUAUUCAUUUGGUUAUCAAAAUAAUUAUAUAUUUUAUUCAACUGGAUUUCAAGGAUCAUUUGAUGAAUUUUAUGGAUAUAGACGUGAACUAUCUGCAGCAGAAAUUUAUUCAUUGGCUAAUCCGUAG